AUGACGGUUUGCGAUGGCCCUGUGUGCAUCUGCGGCCUCUCGGACGACCGCUGCGUGUGCGGCUGCGUGGUGCCCGAGGCGGCUCCGAUCGCCGACUUCCUGCCCUCCGCGGCAAAGGCGGCAGCGAUGGCGGUGGAGCUGCCGCCGCCUCCAGCGGAGCCGACUGUCGGGCCGCCAGUCAAACGCACCGCCUUCUCCUCGCGCUACGAGCUUCAGCGCGGGGAGCUGCGUGAGAUCGACUCGGAGGCUCAGUUGGAGGCGGUUGCAGCGGAGGAGAUUGCCAUGCAGAGGAAGCGCAAGCGGUGGAAGCCGCCCGCGCCGGAGGACCUGGCCGAGGAGGAGCUCGAGGUGGUGGGAGCGAUCUGCGAGAUGGAGCUGCUGGGCCAGCUCGUCCAGAUGGUCAGCCGCGCCGACGACGGUUCCGUCGCCGACUUCGUGCGAGAGCACCGGAUCGACCCAAACACGCAGGACAUCGCGACGGGGCACACUCCGCUGCGGGCCGCGGCGUGCGCCGGCCGCGCGAUUGCCGUCGCGGAGCUCAUCGACUGCGGCGCCGAGCUGUGGGACGUCGACUGCCACGGCCGCUGCGCGCUCUGGUGGUCCUGCGCCCUCGGCCGAGACCACGCCUCCUCCUGCGCCGAGGGCACGACGGCGCUCUGUGCUAACCCUAACCCUACCCCUACCCCUAACCCUAACCCGACCCCUCCCCAUUCGACCCGCAGCUGCGUCCUGCUCGACCGUGCCGCCUCGGCCGACCAGCCUGGCAGUACUGCGGCGUGCGGCUUGCUCCGCCAGAUCGGAGAGGCGGACAUCGCAGACGCGUCCGCAAACGGGCACGCCGAGGCGCUGCACGCCCUCCGCCGCCACCUCUGCGGCUCGUGGCUCGCGGGGGCGGCGGCGGGAGGCGAUUUGGCCGCCGCGACGAGCGCGCCUCUGCUCGAGUCGCGAGUCGUGCUGCGCGGGAUGCGAGGCCGGCCGGAGCUGAACGGGCGGGGCCGGCUGCAGCGCGCUGGAGGACGAGACAUGCGGACGGGCGUCGCUGUCGCUUGGGACGACGUGACGGGGAGGUACACGGUGGCGCUCGAUGCCGGCGCAGCCGCGCCAGCCGAGGCCGCGUGCGACGCUUCCGCUCGUUUUGGGGGAGACGGCUCUGGGGGAGACGUCUCUAUCGCAGAGAGGCAUGCGAGCUCGCGCGCGGCGCCCUCCUCUUCCGCGACGACCUCGGCCGACCCCGAUGCGACGAGUUCGGAAACGACCCCUACGGCCGGCCCAUCUGGAACGCCAUCCCCACAUGGCUCGUCGAAGAGGCGCAGGCGGCGCGCCAACCCGCCCCGGCCGCCGCCGCGCCGGCCGCCGCCGCGCCUGCCGUUGCGGACGCCGCACCGGCUGAGGCGGCGCCUGGGCGCAAGUCUGAGCGCCGCGGCUGAGUGUGCGGGACAGGCUCCGGCUCCACGCGCCCUCGCUGCGGGCAUGAACAGCGUCCACGACCCGCGCGCACUGCCCCACCAGAGUGCCCCACCGGGUUCGCGCAUUCACCCACUUUCCCGAUGUGCACCCCAUGGCCAUGUCUCAGCCACCAUCUGUGUCUCACGUUCGCACUGUGGUCGGGACCGAUUAGGAUUACGGCUUAGUUUAUCC